CAUUGAGAUGGCACCACCCAUGACUUUACACGCCCAUGUAAACUUCUGCUGCUUCAGGAUAUCAACCAAGAAGUGUUAUAUAUCUGUGUGCAGCGUAGGUUUAACUUCACCGGAUGCAGCGUGUACAUGUGCGCAUAUAAAGAGUGACAAACUAUGGCGUCAAAGCCUGUUUACUCGCUGCACAGAAAUCCCAUGCUGAAGAAAAGAGAUGACUUUGAGGACGUCUUGGAGGAGAGGAGGAGCUCCAGCGACCUGCGAUACGCUCUCAGGUGUUACACACCUGUCCUGUACAAAGGAAUGACUCCAAGCAAAGCCAGCAUGCUGAAGAGCAUGGUGCUCCAGUCCGAUCAGCUGCACUUUGUCAUGAAACAGGUUUCCACGGAGACGGGCAAGGCUGUCGAUGACAUCCAGGAGGAGGCGUCGGCCAUCUUGGAGGAGAUGGCUCAUCGCCUGCAGCUCAGCACCAUUCGCUUCUUCGCCUAUACACUCACCAAAGUCUUCAAAAACCUGUUCAGGAGCAUCUGUGUUAAUGAAGAGGGAAUCCAGAGACUCCAACAGGCCAUUCAGGAGCACCCGGUAGUCCUGCUACCCAGUCACCGUAGUUACAUGGACUUCCUGCUGAUGUCAUACAUCCUGUACACAUACGACCUGGCUCUUCCUGUCAUUGCUGCUGGCAUGGAUUUCAUGGGAAUGAAGGUUGUUGGGGAGAUGCUGCGGAUGUCUGGGGCCUUCUUCAUUCGACGCUCGUUUGGUGGAGACAAGCUGUACUGGGCCGUCUUCUCAGAAUACGUCAAGACCAUUCUUAAGAACGGAUUUGCCCCCCUUGAAUUUUUCUUAGAAGGGACCAGAAGCCGAACAGCCAAGUCUUUGACUCCAAAGUUAGGUCUGCUGAAUAUAGUGAUGGAUCCCUUCUUUAAAGGGGAAGUGUUUGACGUUAACUUGGUCCCGGUCAGCAUCAGCUAUGAGAGGAUCUUGGAGGAGUCGCUUUAUGCCAGAGAGCUGCUGGGUGUGCCCAAACCCAAAGAGUCCACCUCAGGUCUUUUUAAAGCCAGAAAGGUCCUCAGUGAAGACUACGGCAGCAUCCAUAUUUACUUUGGUCAACCGGUGUCUGUCAGAAGUUUAUCUCAGGGUAAAAUCGACCGUUGCCAGUUCAACCUCAUUCCAAGACACAUCCCCAAGAAACCCACUGAGGAGAUCCAAGGUUUUGUCAACGACUCGGCCUACAGGCUGGUCCGAGCCCAGGAGGAGAACAUGGUCCUGAAGCCGUGGGUUCUCCUGGCCUCGCUGCUGCUCCAGAACCACCACCAGAGCCAAGCGUCCGGGCAGAGACCGGGUCUCACGCGGGACGAGCUGACUCAACAAGCAGCGUGGCUCAGGGAUCUGUCUCGACAGUACGGAGCCUUCCUCCACUGGCCUGACCACGCGUCUCCAUCCGAGGUCGUCUCCUCCAGCCUCUCCCUCCACCGAGGUCUGGUGAAGAUGUCGGAGGGAAGAAUCCAGCUGGCAGUAGAACAAGCAGGAGGACAGGUGAACCCCGGGGAGCCUCGCACAGCUGUUACCCCAGAAGAGGAGCUCCUGAACCGGGCAGUCGUCAUCCUCUCCUGCGCCUCCUACAGGAACCAAGCACUGCACGUCUUCCUCCGGCCGGCACUGCUGGCCUCAGCCCUGCACGCUGCCUCCUCCAACCACAAACAGGAAGUCUUCAACAGCUUCAGCUUCCUCCGAAACAUGUUCUCCAACGAGUUCAUCCUCUGUCCCGGAGCCACAGUGCAGGACUUUGAGGAGGCCUGUUUCCUGCUGAUGAAGACCGGAGAGCUGCAGGUCACAGAGCACGAGGUUCUGGUGACAGAAAGAGGACAGAGAACUCUGGGUUUCCUCACCAAUAUGCUCGACCCCUUCUUACAAGGAUACCAGGUGGUGUGCAGGUUCCUGUGUGAGGAGGCGAGCGAGGCGUUGACAGAGAAGCAGUUUAUUCCUGACGUGCGGAAGUUCAUCAUCAAACAUCUUCUCGCAGGUCGACUCAGAUACUCUGAGGUGUUGUCGUCUGACCUCCAGAAGAACGCUCUGGCUGCUCUGCUAAGACUUGGAGCUGUGCAGAAAAUGAAAGGAGCGCAGCAGGGAACUUUAAAAGUCAACAAGGUGAUGGUGAACUCGUUGGAGGACACUUUAGGUGGAAAACUUCCAACUCAGAAAGCCGCCGUCGCUCGCCUUUGAUUCCAAAGGAGACUCAGAAGGUCAAAUCCUCUUGUCGAUGACGUCUCGGCUCAUGACGUCUCGGCUCAUAAGCGGCGCGCUGCGGUACAAGGAGGCGCCGCUUUUCACAAAGAAAGUCUAGCCCAACUGCUUUUCUAUGAGAGGUGAACAAAAGCCAUCUGGAGACAGCUCGACGUCGUCUUUUUUAUUUUCUUCCUCCUUUAAUUUCUCAAAUCACCUCCUCACCUCUCUUUUCAGAAUGCCUUAUUUUUCCCCCUCCCUGAGACUCUUCUAUUGAAAUGUCUUUUAUACACGUACAUAAAACCAGAUGAUGAGUAAGGCCUUUGAGGUUGUAUUGCUUUUAGUUUUUUUUGUUUUUUUUGAGUAACUAACCAGCCUUUGCAUUUGUGCGAGGAAAAAAAGAAAGUGCCAUCUCCACUCAGGAUCGUGGCCAUUUUCCAUUAAUGCAUUUGGUACAGAAUUUAUCCUCUUAUAAUCAGUGUGGCUUUGUGGGUUUUCUUGUCCUCUCUCAUCCUUUAACCCCACCCCCCCAACUGUUUUAUUUUUUUUAAGCACUUUAUUGAGUUUAAAUGCAAUGUGGUGUGGACCUUUUAUGUGAUUAGUAUUUUGGCACAGUUUCCUCUUUUAUUCCGUCUUCUUCUUAAUAUAGUUUGAUCAAAGGUGUUAAAAUGGAAGAAGAUAAACUUGAUAUCUCUGUCGCGGGCCUUUUGCCAAAACUACGGGCGACACAGACGGAGCUUUAGGUUUGUUUCUGUUUACAAUUCUUGAUAUUUCUUGCCAGAUUUAUGUCAAACUCCAGAUGAAAUUGCAGUGUGCUGUGUUUCCAUGAUGGUGCGGUUCAGUUUGGUACAGUUUGGAAUGGUAAAGUCCUGGCGUCAGGCUUGCGUGAUCAGCACCUUUACCAGUACCAGUAACCUCGACUUCGAUGGGAUAGUUGCACCGAUUGGGACCAUCCAGGUCUAGCUCCGCCCUGACCGUACCAUUUUACUCUGGUAUGUCAAGGGGUAGGGUGCCAAAGAAUGGAACAGGUUGGGGCUGCUUAUUUUUAAUGGAACCCCCAAAAAAUACGUACCCUACUGUACCAAACCAAACCGUAUUGGAAAACACGGCUUUAGUUACACUGAAGCACUACCAGCUACACCAAAGGAAUAUGCUUCUGUUGAAUCAACGUUACUCAUAAUUAGCUUAUUUUCAUAAUCGAUUGAGCUGUCGAUUAUGUCUGAAAAUGUUAAUCG